AUGCUGACACGGGCGCACCGGAUGGGUGUGUGGUGCCUGACGGGCUGCGUGGCGGUCGUCACCGUCUUCUUCCACGUCUACAGUCUGCUGAGCGUGCGGCGCGUGCGGAGCAGCCACCACUGGACGCCGUGCGAGAUCAUCACCAGCGCGCUCUCCCUGCAGAGCGUGCUGCAGCAGGCCGUGGCCGUGCUCUGGAUGAGUCUGGACGUGAUGGACCCGCGGUGCCUGCUGGGCCGGAUCUACCCGGUGCUGGAGGUGCUGCUGCUCAGUCUGCGCUUCUCCGUGCUGUGGAACACCGCCUUCCUCAUCUUCUACUACGCCACCAAGCUGGUGAUGGAGCCCAUCCACUGCUACACGCGCAUCCAGGAGCUCAUCCUCCGCCACGUGCGUCCUGCCCUCCUGCUCAUCCCCAUCUGCAGCCUCUGCUUAUGCUGCCCCCUGCUGGCCUUCAUGGGGCACGACAGCCACAAUGCCACCUGGGUCACGGAGUGUGGCUCGAUCCUUGCGCCGCACGUGUCGAGCCACACCUACGUGAUCGUCUACCUGAUCGUCUGCGACAUCCUCCCUGGGGUCAUCAUGCUCAAGGGCAGCAUCUCCAUCUCCGUGCACCUGGCCAUCCACCUGCGCCACAUGAAGGCCAGCACCAACAGCUCCCACGGGCCCAAACUGGGCUCCGAGAUGCGGGUGAUCCGCAUGAGUCUGGCUCUGGCGCUGGUCUACCUGGUCUUCCUGGUCGUGGAGCUGUACUCCCACUACAUGAUCUCCCAGCAGGGGGAGAACAUGCUGUUCCUCACCGUCUUCUUCUCCUCCCUCUACACGGCCAUCUGCGGCCUGGCACUCGUUUACGGGAAGGAGAGUUUCUGGAAGGAGCUGCUCCACCUCUACAACCUCACCAUGGACAGGUACCCCUGCCUCACCUGUCUGAAGGUCCCAGAGAAGAAGGCAGACGUCAGCAGUGCUCCAACUCAUUAAUGGUCAUUCCUGAUAAGGAACGCUCAGCUUACAUCCGAGGCUCAUAAUGAUCAACCUCACUCAUAAUGAUCAAUCUUACCUUACUCAUAAUGAUCAAUUCUUACCUUACUCAUAAUGAUCAAUAGUUACCCUACUCAUAAUGAUCAAUACUCACCUUAGAAAGUCAAUCAUGGCUUGUUUCAUUUAUUUCACUUCCAAUACCACUGUAAGACACUCUGACUAGACAUUCUGCACCUGGGCCGGUUUACCACAUAACUCAGAACUGCAUGAAGACGCUGGAAUAGAGUUGAUGUGGAUUUUCAGAAGCCAUGGACAUAUUUCAUUCAUUUUUAGAGCCCAUGGACAUAUUUCAUUCAUUUUUUAGAGACCAUGGAUAUAUUUCAUUCCUCUUCAAUUCAUGGCGAUAAAGCAACACACUGAUCCUCGUGAUGUCCUCGAGGGUUACGGUUAGGGUUAGACCUUUCAUUUUCUGUAUCAUUCAUAUUCAGUUUACAACAUCAACAUCAACAAUCUGUAAAUGGUCCGUGUCUAGUUGAGUUUAUCAAUCAUUAUCUGUAAAUGCUCCAUGUGUAGUUGAGUUUAUAAAUCGUUACCUGUAAAUCUAUAAAUGGUCCAUGUCUAGUUGAGUUUAUAAAUAAUUAUCUGUAAAUGGCUGAUUUUGUAUUGGAUUCCUAUUUACUUUUAUUGUAGUUGUAUUUUCUGACCUGAGUUGCUUCUCUCUGAACUCAAGGUUGACACAAAGACUUAAGCAGCACCAGUCAAAACCACAGCAACUUUACACUCAACA